CGGUCCCGGGAGGCCGCUGGUCCCCAUAGGUCCCGCGCUCUGACCCCGAGGGAGGCGCGCGCCGCACACACGCCGGGGAUGCUUGGUUGGAGUGUUCGUGUGUCCCAAACUCGAGUCACUCGUGUACCAACCGAAUUCUCGUUCACACCUGUGUUAUUUACUGGAGAUUUUUUGUUCCCCUUGAAAUUGACUCACUUGAAAAAGCACUUGGAUAAGUGCUGCCCACAGGAGCGAAGCCCUGAGCAGUUACCUGCGGAAUCUUGGCUUGGAUGGACCGAUGGGGGGUUUUUCUUAAUACACCUUUAAAGUAAAUAAUCCGAUGUUAAAAACCAAGCGGUUUAAUUGUGUGCCAUAUGGGACUGGCUCGUGUCCCCCACGUGGGAAGCACAGCCCUGUAUUAAUGAUGACAUCAGUUGCGGGGAUUGGGUGUUCACUCCUGUCGUUCUGGGACUUGAUGACAGUUCGGUUCAACCAUGUUUUCUUGAGUACCAGCUGUGUGCCAGGCACUGUGCUAGGCACUUGGGAAGUGCCGGGGGGUUAAAACGAUAACGAUGAACAAAGUUCUGGCUUUGCAGGAGCUCAUAAGACAUCUCUACCAGGGUGGGGCAAAAGUAGGUUUCCUGUUGUGAGUACCGAACCACAACUUAUUCUUGUAUUAGUUAUUAAUUGUUGUAUUGUUUUCCAUGGGAACAACUGUAAACCUACUUUUGCCCUACCCUGAAAGUUAACUGCAAAUAUAGAGAACGUUUUGUAGUUGCAGGUAUGAUACUUCAACAUGGUCGCUUAUUAGGAUGGAAAAUAUAUUGAGCAAGUAAUGUCGUCACCAGACAUGUUAGUCUGCCCAUUCAUGCCUUUAAAGAUUCACAGUUAAGUUGAACUUAGAGAACAGUUUGAAAAUGUAUAAACACCAUAAAUAUGUAAUAAGAAUUAGAUGUUGUUAAAAUGAAAAGAACAUAACCUAUAAAAGUCAAGUAACGGAAGAUACACUUUAAGCGAAAUUCCUUUAGUAACAGAAGUGGACAUUAUUGACACCACCUUGGAAAAAUGUACCUUUAAUGAAUUCUGGAAGGGAAGGAUAGAAGUCCUCAAUCCUAAUAUUUUGCCAGAAUAGUAUAGUAAGAAGAUGGUGCCCAAUAGAGCCUGAGCAACAUAUCUACUGAACAUAAUGAUACCCCAUGUUACCCCAUCACCAGAGGAGUCUGGGCAGAGACUGGACUACACCGUGGGAGAAUCUGCAAAGGUGUUGCUGGAACAGACAUAUUUCUAGUUGUAUGAGGUGGCCUGGACAUUAUUCUCGUGCUCCUUACCCCUACUUCAGCAGUAGGCAUUUCUCAUUAAAUUGGAGACCACCUUGUUUGUUUGAGUCUAGAACUCAGUUUCAGUACUGGAAUUGGAGACCUGACAGCCUGAGCCAGACAUCUUUGAUUCAUCUCUCUAGUUCCAUCAUGAACUCUGAGGGAGAUGAGCCUUCAUCAAAACGAAGAAAACGCCAAGGCACCAUCAAACGGCAUUGGGAAUAUAUAUGUAACCAUAAUAAAGAAAAUACGAAGAUUCUCGGAGACAAAAAUGUUGACCCCAUAUGUGAAGACAGUGAGAACAAGUUUGACUUUACAGUGAUGUCCUAUAAUAUACUUUCACAAAAUUUAUUGGAAGAUAAUUCACACCUCUAUAGACACUGCCGGCGACCAGUAUUACACUGGAGUUUUAGGUUUCCCAAUAUUCUGAAAGAAAUUAAAAACUUUGAUGCAGAUGUACUUUGUUUGCAAGAAGUUCAAGAAGAUCAUUAUGGAACAGAGAUCAGGCCAAGUUUGGAAUCGUUGGGUUAUCACUGUGAGUACAAGAUGCGUACGGGAAGGAAACCGGAUGGCUGUGCCAUUUGCUUCAAACAUUCCAAAUUUUCACUUUUAUCAGUGAACCCAGUGGAAUUCUACCGCCCUGAUGUUCCUCUGUUGGACAGAGACAAUGUUGGAUUAGUGUUACUCUUGCAGCCCAAAAUCCCAAGUGGUGCCUCUCCUGCAAUCUGUGUAGCUAACACACAUCUGUUGUAUAACCCAAGGCGAGGUGACAUUAAGCUGACCCAAUUGGCAAUGCUUCUGGCAGAGAUUUCCAGUGUUGCCCAUCAGAAAGAUGGCAGCUUCUACCCUAUUAUUAUGUGUGGGGACUUUAAUUCUGUUCCUGGUUCUCCGCUCUAUAGUUUCAUAAAGGACGGAAAAUUGAAUUAUGAAGGACUUGCCAUAGGAAAGGUAUCUGGCCAGGAACAGUCUUCACGGGGACAAAGAAUUUUAUCUAUUCCAAUUUGGCCCCCAAACCUAGGUAUCUCACAGAACUGUGUGUAUGAGGUACAGCAGGUACCAAAAGUAGAAAAGACAGACAGUGAUCCGACACAAACACAGCUGGAUAAAACAGAAGUCCUAGCAACAGCUGAAAAGUUAUCUUCACAUUUACAGCACCAUUUCAGCUUGUCAUCUGUGUAUUCGCAUUAUUUUCCUGACACUGGAAUUCCAGAAGUGACCACCUGUCAUUCCCGAAGUGCCAUAACUGUGGAUUAUAUUUUCUAUUCUGGGGAAAAGAAAGAUGUUGCUGGGGAGCCAGGAACUGAAGUUGCUUUGGUUGGAGGCUUGAAACUUCUAGCUAGACUGUCACUUCUUACAGAACAAGACUUGUGGACUGUUAAUGGACUUCCAAAUGAAAACAACUCUUCAGAUCAUCUGCCUUUAUUGGCCAAGUUCAGACUUGAACUCUGACUCUUCUUUGAUUAUAUAUAUACUUUUCUUUGCAAUUUAUAUUCUUUUUUCAAAGACUGUAAAGUUGUACUUAAGAGUUUGCAUGUUGUUUAUUUUUGCGCCGUGGAGUUUCUGAAGAGGUUAUGUUAAAUGCUUGAAACUGAUAUCAGAGACACAAGUUUACAACAAUUUUCUGUUUUCAUAAUGAAAGAAUAUUUUCCUGACAAAUGAUAUCUAAAUGCUCUUUAUUGUAAAAUAAUUGUAAAUAUUUUUUAUUCUAAAUUCUAGUAAAAUAGACUGACUUUUAAAAAUAGUGCAUCUUUAAUCCUCUUAAUUCCAUUUCAUGUUUUUGGCAAGUUUUAUGGUGAAUCCCAAAGUGUCUUUGAGUUCUUGCAAACCACAACUCAUUUCCCUUCCAGAAGGCUUUAUUUCAUUGUGAGGACCAUAAAUUUGUUAAGUCCCAAUUAGUUAAUCUCAGAAAUCAUUGGGUCAUUUUCAGGUCUCCAACCAUUUCAAUGUGUUUUUGAGGGGGCUUGAUAAUGCUUUUUAAAAUUGUACAGAUUGUUUAAUCCAUCUUGUUACUAUCCUGGGACAUGUAAUAUAUCUACAUUUUGUUGGUGUAAAAGGUCCCAUAACUAGUGGGAUGAAGACUACACAAGCCCACUUUUCCAUCCUGUAACAGACAGACCAUUAUAGGAGGCAGAUUGGGGUUAUGUCUUCAUUUCCCUAGCAAUUUUUUUUCUUUUCUCUAUUCAGUUUCAAGAAAAGAUCUCUGGGUUAGGGAAGAUUUUAUUUUAGUGAACUAAUACUAUAGACAUUUAUUUUAUUGGGAAACUUGUCUUUGGAACAAAGUGGCAGCUAUAAGAUUAUUUUUGUUUUGCCUCAGAAAUUUGAGGAAGCCAGCAAAAAUCUAGUGGGUAAAUACUGACUUGGAGAUCUAAUAUUCCUUAGUAAUGUUAACUGUUUCAGUGUUCUGUUUCUAAAGUGUGUUUUAACAUGAUGUAGCAGUGUGAGAUAGUCCUGGCAUUUUUUAGGACGUGGUUAAGAGCGGGUCUAAUAAUUAAUUCUGCAUUUGGCUCUAUGUGUUUGAAUCAAAAAUUUUAAACCAUAAAAAGAAAAUUUUCUCCUUUUUUAGACAUGGUAAUCAAAGAAUUAUGUGUAUUUUUACCGAAUAAUUUUAUAUUGAAUUAUACUAAAUUAGUAAAGUUUUUACGGUGAGUUUUCUUAGUAUAAUGCUUCACUUUAAAUUAGAAAGCAGUAGUUACUUUAUAGUCUAGGACUUUAAAAGUUUUUGUAUUUUGUACUGCCAUUAUUAAAAAAAAUAAAUAGAUGAAUACCCCAAAAGGCAUUGUGGGCUAUAAGGAUCUGGCUAGUAAAAAUUGUAAUAAGAAAAUACUUUUAAAUGUUUAAUUUUUCACUUUGGGGCUCUUUUAUUUAUGGUAUUAACUAUAGUUCUAGGAUUUUCCAUAUUUUCUAGUCACAGUUUUCAGAAUAUUCUGAUCUGUCCUAAUUAGCAGAUAUUAUCAUUAUCAAAUAAUAACAGCAGAUAGUAUAAUUAUCCCCUUUUAGUAUUUGGGAAAGAAAAAUGAAAAUUCCUUGAUUAUUGCUUUCUGUUGUGUGAAUUUAUUAACAAAUAACUUUAUAUAUAAAGUUAUUUGUUAAUAUAUGACUAACAUCCCUGAAAACCUCUUUGGAAAUUCAGUUUUUCAUAUCCUGAUUAAUAUAUUGUGACUUUUAGGCCCUUUUCAUGUGCUUCACUUUUAUAGAGUUAAUUCAUAAAAUUGCUUUCUCCUUUAUCUUAUAGAAUGAAGAAGUAUUAGUUUGUAGGACUGGAGGCCAAAAAGGUCAAUGUAACUUUUUCACAAGUUUUUAAAGCUUCACUAAAAUUAAUUAUCCACUUGUCUGUUUUGGUUAGAAGAGUUGGUAACUCUGCGAGAGCCUACUGUUUACCUGCCAAAAGCAAUGGAAUCUGGCUGUUGGCUGAAACUAAGUCCCACAACCUCAAGUGCUGUACUAUCCAACUUCUCAAUGGAAAGGGAUGUUGUGGAGUAAUGAAAUUUUGGUUUGAUUAUUCCUUUGAUAUCAAGAUAAUAGGCAUGUUUGAAAACUUGUCCUUUAUAUCUUUUUUUUUUUUUUAAUUUAGCCAGUCUGGUUUUAACCCUUUGCUUGAGUAAAAUGUAAGAAUCCAGAGAGUAUAAGGGGUUGGGGAAACAGCCAUCAAGUCAUUUGCACUUUGUACCUGUAAAUUACCUAAUAAAGUAUUAUACUAGUCCA